AAGGGCAACGGGUGAGAUAGAUGGUCUGUAUUUGCGGAGCCGCAGCUGCGCGUCUGUUAAUACCAACGCGACCCUCACGUCCCCGCGCAAUUCUCCACACUGGGUUGGCUGCUUCAAGGCAUGAGGAUGCGAGCAGGGAUUUAGUGUGUGUCUUUUCCCGUCUGGAUCAGUUUAUUACCUUUCUCCAGCACACAGAAACGGAUUUAGCCACACGAAACAAGGUUCGUGGCCCCCAUUCUCACCACGGAAUAUGAUGCAGAGGCCCUCCUCUCCGAAGGGAAGUUGAAUGGGAAUACUGCCAUACGUGUCAGCUCGUGAUCAAUGAACUCAGUCCAUUCAAGCACAAAAGGAACUAACCUGAACUACUGAAGAAAAGGAGGGGAUAUAACGACACAGACGCCUUUUUGCGGAUAUGGCGGCGACAGAUGCCUGUGCAGCACCUGUACAGGAAGAAGGCACUACCACCACCGAGACCAAAACAGAGGUAGAGCCCACAAACUCAGAGACUGUCACAGAGGCUGUCACGUCUCCACCCGAAGAGGUACAACCUGCCGGAGAGACCACAGAGAGCCCAGAGCAGCCGGCCGAUGGCAAAGCUAAACAGGCCUCUGAGAAUAUUUUCUCUUCCUUUCUGAAUAAGAGUGGACUGGGAAAAGUCAUGGGAGGGAAGAAGAAGAAGGAGCAGAGCACUGAGGCUGUGGAGGCUAAUGGAGAGGGCAACACAGAGCUGAAAAAGGCCUCUGACCAAGCAGAGGAGCCGGCAGCCAAUGGUACAGAGGCAGCGGUAGAUGACCAGGCCAUUGAGAAAGCGCCGGAGAACCAGGUGAAGGUCCGAUCCAAAUCCUUGGACAGGUUAGAGGACCCUGAGGCCCUCAAUGCCACAGUGGACACACUGGAAGAUGCCCCGGCAGCAGAAGAGUCAGAGAAGCCUGCCUCCAGUGCAGCGACCAAACACAUGAAACGCUGGCAUUCCUUUAAGAAGCUUAUGGCCCAGAAGAGUCACAAGAAGAGCACAGAAGAUUCUAAGGAGGCUGAGGGCAGCGAGGGUGCAUCUGGGGGAACACCUGGUGACACAAGUACACUGGACUCCAAGGCUUCAGAAUCCAGUGGCCAGAAACGGUGGAAACUGAAAAGGUCAUGGACAUUCCAGGGGCUGAAGAGAGACCCGUCAGUCGUAGGCAUCAGCAAAGUCGCUAAGGGCGAGAAGGCGGAAGGGGAGGAAAAUGCUGCAGAGAACGAUGAAGCGGCUGCGCCUGAAACAGACGAAGCCAAGGCACAGGUAGACGACGAAACACAGGAGAAGACCAACACAGACGGAGAGGAGGAAAAAGGAGCCACCGCCGCCCCACACAAAUCAAUGAACCAACACGCAGAUGAGAUCUGGACCUCCUUCAAGAAACGCGUGAUCCCCAAGUCCAAGCGGGCAGCAGACACGGUGGCUGCCAGCGGGGAGGAGGAAGGUGCUGCAGCAUCUGAACUGGCCGAGCAGACGGAAGAGGCAGGCAAAGAGCAGGCCAAGUCGGCCAAGACCAAGCGAACGCACUUCAACCGCGCCGUUUCGCUGAAAAACUUCAUCAUGCGAAAGGGGAAAAGCACCAGCGUGGACCAGGGAGACGGAGCUCCGAAAGAGGGUGAGGAGGCAGAAGACGGGGAGGCGAAGAACACAGAGGGCGCGGCUGCCCCAGCUGGCACGUCUGACAGCCAGCAGGGAGACGCAGAUGCUGCACAGGGCGAGAGCAACGACAAAGGAGAGGUUCAGGUGGUCAAUGAGCACACAGCCGCUGAUGGAGAGGCAAAGGAGCCCGCAACGAGCACACUGUCUGGUCCUGAGCCAGAGAAGGCCAACACAGUUAAGCCCGCAGCACCAGCAGAGCCCGUGGCAGAGGUGAAAAUCAACGGUGAGAAUGGGUGCUCGAACGGCACGCCCGAAGAAGACGCCAUACACAAUCAUGAAACGACCCCGAAGAAAGACGGACCAACAGACGAGGCCAAACAAGAAAACACCAACUCCACGAAGGACGCGAAGAUGCUAAACCUCGGCACAGGAAAUGCAGUUGCCCAAAUCGACAAAAAGGCGGGAAACGUGUGACGACACACAAAGAGGAUUAGAUCAGCAUGGGAUUCGUUCAGCAAGGAGCUUUGACCCCCCCCUGCCCCCCCCCAAACGGAGUAAUCACAUGUUUUUCGCCACAAUUCUUCAUGGUGAGAGCGAUGCAAUCCAUAUAGAUGAAAAAAUACUCAAAAGCAAUAAUUCAGUCAUCAAUCAGCGCAGUUCUUGCUUACCAUUCUGUGAUCAAUGUAAAUGUUUUUCUUGUCCUCUACUAGUGAGAUUUUAUAUUGUCAACAGAAGGGAAGACAUUCCAUCCUUGUCAAAUGUUAAUCUCUAUGAUCUCUCAUUCCAGGAUCAUAAAUACUUAGUUUUAUAUCAAUUGCCAUUUUGUUUGUAGUUUUGUCAAUAGAUAUUCCAAAGUGCACAUUUGAAAUGAUUGCCCUAAAGACUGCCCCCCCCCCCCGUGUGGAUUCCUUAAGUAAUGUGUUCUAAUCUCUUUCUGUGUUAAUGUUUUUAGACUGUUGUGUACAUGAAUGAACCACCAUAAAAUAUGAAGUCAAAAUGUUUUUUUUCUAAACACAUCUUCUCACUGUAACGCAGAUUGAUCUGCCGUUGAUAUGUUUUGUUGAUCAAUGAUGUCACGUGUUCGCUAGGAAAUUGUCAAAAACUAGAACAAUAAAGAUUCAAAUCGAACAAUUAAAAAAAAAAUAAUAAUUGUGGAGGCUAUUUAUGCAUAAAAUGUUGAUGUACUGUAUGUAGGAAGGCAUUAUGGAAAUGCUAUUGGUCAUUAAUCUCUAUUUUGAUAAUCCUACAUCCUUUUACAUAAUGGCAGAUUUGUGCAGUAUGCAUUAGCUGGAGUACUUCAAUUUCACAAUGAAUUGCGUCAAGCGGUGAGCUCAUUCAGAGUAAAUUACAUCAUGUUUCAGAUAAACAUGUCUGCUAUAGUCAGUGUCAAUGCCUUGGCAGUUGAGGGACAUGUCUUUUACCACUAUGUUAAAAACGCUGGAUACAGCACUAUACAUGAAAUCACCACAAUACUGUUGUCUGUUAAAACUAAAUCUCUGGGAUUAAGUUAUUAUAGAGAUGACAGACAGUAAGAGCAUAUUAUAACAGAUAUAUGUUAUGUAAAGUUAUAGGCUAGCUAAAAAAAAAACACAAAAUGGGCAUGAAGUGAUAACCUGCAGUGACAGACAAAUACAGGGCGGCAUCACUGAAACUGGGAUGUUACCCACAAGCCACAGCCAUCCCUGGAAUGUGGACUUCAUUCAUCUAAAGGUGUUCAUGAUCAUUACAUUCCUGUUGUUCUGCCAAAUGACAAAUCAAUCAAGUAGGACAAAUAAAGGUGAUAUUGUUUUCGUA